CGUCAGAAUCUUCUUCAAUUCCCAACUCAUCACCGCCAUGUCUGACGCCGUUGCUCUCAAAGCCGAAGCCAACAAGGCCUUCGCCGCCAAGGACUACGCUUCUGCCGUCAAGCUCUACUCGGACGCUAUCGCACUUGACCCCAGUAACCACGUCCUCUACUCCAACAGGUCCGCCAGCAAGGCCAGCCUCAAGGAGUACGACGGGGCUCUCGAGGACGCCGAGAAAACUAUCGAACUCAACCCCUCCUUCUCCAAGGGCUACGCCCGAAAGGGUGCUGCCCUUCAUGGUCUCCGCCGAUUCCCCGACGCCGUCAUGGCCUACGAGUCCGGUCUUCAGGCCGAGCCCAACAACGCCCCUUGCACCAAGGGACUCGCCGAUGUCAAGCGAGCUAUGGACACCGACUCUGCCUCUCCUUUCGGUCCCCAGGGAGGCGACAUGGGUCUGGGCAAGAUCUUCUCAGACCCUGGAAUGAUCGCCAAGCUCGAGGGCCACCCCAAGACCAAGGAGUACAUGAAGGACUCUACAUUCAGGGCCAACAUGCUCAAGCUGCAGGCUACCGGUGGCGGUGACUUGUCAAGCUUGAUGGCGGACCCCAGAACGUUGGGUGCGUUGGGCGUGCUGAUGGGUGUUGAUAUUGAUGCUAUGGAGCGACCUGAGGGUUCCAACGAGAUGCCUCCCGGGGUCAGCACUCCUUCCGAACCCACCCCUGCUCCCAAGCCCAAACCCGCCCCCACCCCUAAGCCCAAGGAGCCCGAGCCCGAGCCUAUGGAGGUCGAGGAGACUGAGGAGGACAAGCAGAAGAAGGAAGCGGAGGCCCUCAAGGCUCAGGGAAACACCUCUUACAAGGCGAGAAAGUUCGAGGAGGCUAUUGAAGCAUACUCCAAGGCUUGGGACCUGUACCCCAAGGAUGUCACCUUCUUGACCAACUUGUCUGCUGUCUACUUCGAACAAGGAGAAUAUGCAAAGUCUAUCGAGACCUGUGAAAAGGCUGUCGAAGAGGGGCGCGACCUCCGAGCUGACUUCAAGGUCAUCGCCAAGGCCUUCGGCCGUAUCGGUACCUGUCACGCCAAGCAGGGCGACCUCGCCUCUGCUAUCAAGUACUAUCAAAAGUCCUUGACGGAGCACCGUACACCGGAUAUCUUAACCAAGUUGAGGGAGGCGGAAAAGGCCAAGGCGGAGGCGGACAAGCAGGCCUAUAUCAACCCGGAACUAGCGGAGAAGGCCAGAGAGGAAGGUAACGAGGCGUUCAAGAGGGGAGAAUUCGCCGAGGCUCAAAGGUCUUACACCGAGGCUAUCAAGCGAUUGCCGACCGACCCCCGAGCCUACAACAACCGAGCCGCUUGCUACACCAAGCUUCUCGCCCUCCCCGAAGCUCUCAAAGACGCCGAAUCAGCCAUCUCUAUCGACCCUACUUUCAUCAAGGCCUAUAUCCGAAAGGCGCUUGUGCAAGAGACCCUCAAAGAGUACACCAAGGCUCUCGACACGCUCCAAAAAGCCACUGAGGCGGAUGUUGAAAAGAAGCACACUAGGGAGCUCGAGACAAAUAUGGCCAAGGUGAUGAGGGAGAUCCAGAGCCAGAGGAGUGAGGAAACAGAGGAGCAGACGUAUGAGAGGGCUAUGAGGGACCCCGAGGUGGCGCAAAUCAUGUCGGAUCCGGUCAUGAGGCAGAUUUUGCAGGAUGCCCAGCAAAAUCCGAGGGCAUUGAACGACCACAUGAAGAACCCUAUGAUCGCUGGAAAGAUCCAGAAGCUUGUCAACGCGGGCAUCAUCCGAACCCGUUAAAAAGCGCUUUGUUGUGCAUGUGGAGAGUGUAAUAUGUGAAGAUGGAGUAGCUGAGGCUGUUGACAUAAUAUCAUUGUCAUAUAUGAGGAUCGACCUGAAUGCAAGUAUUGUCUGGUCGUUGAAAGACAUUGGCCACAGGAAGAGGCAGCAGAUCGAGCGUGGUAUUUGUACGUUGGGAAAGGGAUUGUUUGUUGUUCAUGCAUGAGACAUCGAAUAGUUGCUACGAGUGGACUACAACCACUACAAGUGCAUGACAAAGCAGAGGAGUGAAGGAUGAAACCUCGUCACAUCGUUGGCGUCAUGAUGUGAUGGAGCUUCGGCGUGCCGCACUUGCCGUCCCGUUUCCGGCGUCGCACCACUUCUUGAUGAGCGAUAUGCUCUUCGCGUCUUCUCGAUCCCCCCUCGCGACUGCCAUGUCCUUGGCUCCUUGCCUCUCUUUUCUGCCUUAUCACGGACGAAAUUUCAUGGGCAACGUCAAAUGAGUAUGACGCUAGGCCUCGCAUGAUAUGAGAUCGCGCAGCGGCAGCACUAAACCAACGUCGGUCCUGAAAUCUCCAACUCAAACUCUGAUCGGUUGA